CACCUCUCCACCCCACCCUACUUUGGAGACAUCAACAUCAUCAACAAGCACUGUUCUUCACAUCAACUAUAUGGCUCACUCAUUCCCGGGCCACACCUAAUGGUCCAGUGACUCAUAUGCCCCGUUCACAGAUAGAUCUGGCUACAAAGAAUCUGAGAACAAGGGUCCGCAAGGUGCAAAUCGCGACGGCGAAAUGGAGCCCAGGACCGGACCUCAGCCGCUUUCGCACCGACGACUUGGGCAGCGAGUAAUCAAAAGCAAUAGCGUGAGCGCCGCGCUUCAUGACUACCUCCACAACAACCCUGGGGGGUUCGAUAUGCGCUUUUAUGCCAGGCGGUAUGGCGUUUCGGUUGGCAGUCUUACAAUGAGACUGUGGAGGGAGAAGAGGAAGGAGAAGAAGGAGGAUGAUGCAACUGAGGCUCUGGACAGUGAUCAAGAGACCAUGGAAGGUUCAAGGAUCGAGACACCGGCAGCGUUAGCAAGGCCAACAACGACAACAAGACCAGAGCGACAAAGCCUCACAUUUCCCAUUCCCAAGCCAGGCAAGAUAGCCUCUCGAGAACUCGUAGAAGCCGCCAUUGACGAAUACCUCCACAGCGACCCUCCGGUGUCUGGCCUUGACAUCGCUAGAAAGUACGGUCUACAUCCGAGCACCAUGAAUAAGAGGAUAGCUUUGAUGAAGAUGUCGAAGGAUGUUGCUAGAAGUGCUGGGAAUAUAGGAAAGAAAACCAGGAGCGGAAGGGCAAACAACUUGAGGAGUAAUCCUCCGAGUUCACGUCAACAACAAGAAGCCGGAGCCAAGCCUGGUAUUCCAGGCAAGAGCAUCCCGCCGCCGCCGCCACCACUACGACCACCACCAACAGCAGCAGUACCGACACCAGCACCAACCUCUGCAAGUGGACCAAAACAAGCCAGAAGUCUAUUCACAUUAAGAGCAAGAGUAGAUCGCAUCAACUCUGCCAUGGAGUACAUCAUCCAAAAUCCCGGUCAUUGUUACAAGCAUGUCGCCAAAAGAUUCGGCGUGGGUCGUCGGACGCUCUUCGGCAGGGCUGCGAAGUUGAGAGCAGCCGGUAUCAAUGUCCCAUCCUCAACGAUUCCAGGAAGAAGGAUGCCAGCAAAGCGGGACACCUACAUUACUACUGGUAGUAGUAGUGGGCAUGGCGAUGUACAAGCCCAACGACAACGACAACAACGACAACAGCCCAGUGGAGGUUCAGCGGAAGAGGCAAUAGCAGCGGUAAUCAAAGCCAGAAGCAGCACAAGCCAACGGCCACGACAGGAUCAAGGACAAGGCGAAAGUCAGAAACAGGACCCGACAGAAAAAAAGAAGAAGAAGGAGAAGAAGGAGAGCGCGUCACAGCCACGACCACAACCACAAUCACAUCAAGAGCGAGAGCGAGGACGAGGUCUAGGUCUAGGUCUCAGAAGCAGCAGCCGAAUCAAAGCCGCCGCACAGACAAGCGUGAACGCCGGGGUUAGCAGUAGCAGCAACAGCAACAGCAACAGAAACAGCAGCAGAAGCAAAGAGAAAAGUAACAACAACAACAACAAUAACCCUUCAGACUACAUGUCCAGAGCUGAGCGAUGCGAUGCCGCCUGGGAGGAGUACCUCUGCAGCAAUCCGCGGCCGAGCCUCCUCUAUUUUGCAGAAAAGUACGGAAUUCACAAGAGCACCUUGAGCGCGAGGAAAGGGGCUUUGAGAAAGCAGGGGGUGGAUGUUGAUCUAUUAUUCAUGAAUUCUGUGAAAGUCAAUACUAAUGGUAAUGCUAUUGCUAAUGGGGCCGGCAGUGGAGGGAUGACAAAGGUUGUGGACUUGAGGAGCAGCGGAUCUGGCUCUGACUCGGACUUGGAGGAAUCGGAAUCGGAAUCGGAAUCGGGUUCGGAGGCGGAGGAUGGUGGUGACCAUGAGAUCAUUGACUUCGAGAGUAACGUCACCUCACCACCUCCGUCGUCGAAGCUAGUAAUAGCACGACGUCAAAAUAUGCAACUGUCUGAUAUCCAGGAACGAUACCUGGUGAACUGGUACCUUCGCGAAGAGUCACUAGGGAGAGGAGCACCGAGUCGUGCUAAACUGACUAGCAUGGCAUUGUCGUUAUUAUUUGACGGGCAGGAAGUGGACUUGGAUCUCCAGGAUGAGGAUUGGUUGGGUAUUUUGAUUCAACAGUUUCUGGAGCGGAAUUCGGAUAUCAAAUUGAUGGUUGGAAGGGCGGAGGGUGAAGAUGGGAUAUGGAGUGAGGAGGUAAUGGGGGGGCUUGUGCCAGCACAGAAGAUGAGGAAGCCCGAGGAUGGCAUGAGGAGGUUAUGGGAACCAACAGCUGCUGAAGCAGCAGCGGCAGCAGCGGCGACGGGUUACAUCUCUGACGAGAAUGAUGAGGAAGGUGAUUGGGAAGACGAAGAAGAAUCCGAUUCCGAGCAGAGCGAAAGUGAUGAAUCAGUCUCCGAUUCUGAAGACUCCGAAGAGGACGACUCCGACUCCGACUCUGAUCCUGACUCUGACUCUGACUCUGACACCUCGACCAGCACCUCAAACGACAAUCUCUACAACCAAGCCUUCGUCGAAUCCCUCUUUGUCAAACUCGAGUCCACACCCUCCCCACCGCUACUAUCACCGGCAACAACAGUGGCAGUGGCAGCGACAGAAGGCGGACACGAACAUAGUAGUAACCUUCCAACACCCCAAUCCUCCCACGACAUCCAACAACACUAUCUCUCUGCUCUACAUAACUCUCAGUCAGCGACGCAGACAGCUCAGAUUGUCAAAACCCUGUGCCUCAAAACCGGCAAGGCUCUGGACCUCAAGAAUUCUGCGCUGGAAGCCCUAAGGGAGAAAGCGGACCGGUUAGAGAAAGAGGCUGGGGAGUUGAAGAAGGCCAUACUAGAAAUCACGGCGGCGGCGGCGGCGGCGGCGGCAACGGCGGGAAAGCAUGAUGGUCGUCUUCUUCUUGAUCCUAGCCCUGAUUCUAGUUCUAGUCCUCCUUCUCUGGGGCUGUUGUUUCCUGAGGAGGAGCGACAUGAACGGGAGGAGGAUCAGCAGCAGGAGCAAGAGCAAGAGGGACAAAAAGGAAAGAAGUCAUCAUCUUCAGGAAGCAUGAACAUGAGUUCUGUCAGCGAUGUCAAUGCGGCAAAGGAGAUUUUGGAGAGGGCCACCACCACCAUCACCACCACCACCACCACCACCACUGAUAAGGGAGUAAGGGCAUCGUCAUCAUCGAUAAUACCUCCUCCCGAACUAGGAGAGGCAAACUCAAUGCAAGAGAGUUUGCACGGUGGAAGUAACGAAGUGGGUGGUCAAGGAAAUGGGGAGCUCAGUGAAGAAGAGAGUGAAGAGAGUGAAAGUGGCUAUGACAAUGAGCACAAGGGAAGCGACGCUAAACGCCCAAGUUUUCUCACUGAUGAUACCUCAACAACAAUAGUGUCGCAUGACAAAAAUAGCAGGAAACGGCGGCGUCGCAUGGUGGAUAUAGAAAUUGUGCUUGAAGCCAAGAAAAUGUUUGGCUUUGCUCAGUAUGAAAGCAUAGGGCCAUGGACUGGGGCAUACACAGUCGGGCCUGGGGCGGCGCCCGGGAAGAAGAGGAGGAGGAUCACGGAGCGGAACAGGCAGGGGGAUUACUCUCUAUAGCGCAUAUUAGCAGCAUCACAUCACAGUUUUAUUGUAGUAAAUAUAAUCUGAUCGUAGAAAGCAUGGAAAAG